GCAGACAAGGAAGAGUUAGAUAGGCUGUAUAACCAAGUAGCUGGAUCUGUCGUUCUACUUCUUCGGUCCAAAGAUGGUGACUCCGUUGAUUUUGGCACCGGAAUUGUCCUUUUUUCGGAUGAAAGUAGAGCAUUGAUUGGCGUAGAUAAAUCUCAAAUCAAGGAUGGCGAGACUAUUACAGUUCGGUUCCAUGACAGUACACAAAGCGUUGCGAGUGUCUUUUUGAAAAAGACAACACAAAAGCACGCGGUUCUACUAGUGUAUUCCACUGCUCGCCCUCCUCCUGUCAGGUUCAAUGUGUCUCCAACCACGAGGCAAGAUAUUUUCAUGCUUGGUGUGGUGGAAGAGGAUGAGACACUUGGUUUGAUGACUGGAACUGUCGGCAAUCCGAACUGCAGAGCUGUUGAUAGGGCAAGGAAUCCUAUUUAUCGAAGCGAGAGUACAUUUGCUGUGAGUUUCCCCAUGUCAGGACGAAGUUUGGUUCCAAACGAUAAGGAAAAGGUUGAAGAAACCAAGGAGAUUAUGCAAUUGAUUGGAGCGCCCGUGUUUGACAUGAGUGGUUUGGUUAUUGGUACAAUCGAUUGUGCUGAUCCGGAUUCGUAUAAUCUGAAAUUUGCAAUUAAAACCAUUUUUUUUCUGGAUAAGCUGGAAAAGUUUUUAAAGGAUAAGGAUGAGCAGAUUUAUCUUUCAAGGGGUGAGGAAGGCACUGGAACGAGCGGGCAGGGUAGUUCCACUUCAGCACCGGAGAGUAAAAAGAGGGAACGUGCAGAUUCACCUCCAAGUGAUACGAGGAAAGGAAAAAGUUUAUGCAUGGAUCAACUUGAAGCUAACAUGGCGGUGGUCAGUGAAGAGCAGCUAAGGUUACACAAGUCCCCGGUCCAAGUUGAGAUGGAUUUUGGAAGACGAGAAGCAACGCAACGGGCGCUCAUGAGGCUUGUUACCCCAGAAUCUGAUGAUGAAUGGAGGAGCUCCCCAUCUUAAUCAGGUUUGCAGAGAGAGGAGGACAAAGCUGCUUUGAAGGAUGGUGGUUCCAAGCUGAUGCAGAACGAAGCCCUGUGUUGAUGCAUUGUGAGGCAGGUAGAUCUUCUGCUGACAAUCAAGCAUAGCCUGAUGAUAGUGGACGCUGUUGCUUAAGGGAGCCUGAGUGCUGGCCCGUCCUAUGCUGCUGCUUGUUCCUGUACUGGUAGCUCUCUUCAGAUGCUGUUGAAGUAGUGCUAAUAGGGGCUAAGAUAUGUUUUGAGUGUGAGAAUCUCCAGCUGGUUUCCAAUUAGUGUGCCAACUUGCUCUCCUUCUUGCAUGUCUCCUGUAAUGAACUUUUUUUUUAUUUUUGUUAAGAAA